UCUGUAUACGGCAGCUCAGAUGUGCUCGCGGUAUAGAAGAGAUUAGAUAUUCUCCACUUAUCCAUGCAAUCGGCCUUCUUGAAGAAUCAUUGUGAUAUUACUCUUGACUAUCAACGCGGUGAAAAGUGGGGCAGCAAUUAUGGCAUUAUGGAAUCUUGCCCCAGUUUCAGUUUUGGUGUUAUCCGUGCUUUUCAGCUUUCUCGGGUACAGAUGUCUGCUCUGUAUGAUCGCAGUAUGGACAGAAGUAAAGCGAAUCGUUCACAUUCGGCGCACUCUUCCAGGUGCUCCACCUCAUUGGCUGUUCGGCAAUAUCCUGCAAGAACCUGGACCCGUGACUCCUGGGUUUGAGUGGCAUCGUAACAUGCCUAAGACCUAUCGAAGACUUUGUGUCUUUUGGAUAGGAUGGAAACCCAUUGUCAUACUGAACCAUCCUGAAUCUGUACGGAAUGUACUCAAUGACCGUGUUGGUACGGUCAAAAGUGACGUGUAUAGACUAUUUGAUGAAUGGCUUGGCGACGGUUUGGUUACAACAGACGGCAAAGUAUGGAAGAGACAUCGGAAACUCAUUACAAACUCUUUCCAUUUCAACGUUCUCAAGAGUUAUAUCCCUAAAAUGAAUCAGAUUGCCGACACCCUGAUUUCAGUGAUCUCACAAAGAGGUGCGGCGGGAGAGCUCCUCGAACUCCACAAAACCACGAGUGCUUUUUCCAGUGACGUCAUCUUACAAUGUGCCUUUUCUUACGAGUCAGGCUGCCAGGAGGGUGUCUCAGAAUACAUGAAAUCUGUAUCGACCUUGGGUACCAUUUUCAUGAAGAGGUCUCUGAGCCCACCCCUUCUCUACGACUUCAUCUUCCGACGAUCUUCACUCUACAAGUCUUGGAGAAAAGAGAUUGACGUCCUUCAUAGACUUCAGGAGAAACUCAUCUCUGAUCGUAGGGAGCAACACAGACAGACCGGAUGUACGGAAUUUUCCAAAGGCAUGGAUUUCUUGGAUACUCUCAUGUUGGCAAAGGACGCAGAGGGCGGACUAACGGAUAGAGAAAUGAGAGACGAGGUAAAUACUUUCCUUCUCGGCGGGAUUGAUACAACGUCCAGCGCCCUCACGUGGUUGUUAUACUUGUUGGCUACUCACCCAGAAUACCAGACCAAGAUCCAGGAGGAAGUUGAUGAACUCUUCCAAGAUCGUGAGAUUCGUGAAGUUCGCCGUGAAGAUCUCCAUCGUACUCCAUUUCUGAUGAAAUGUGUCAAGGAGAGUCAGCGCAUGUACUCGUUCGUAUCCUCAAGCCGCUUGCUGACCGAACCCCUGGUCGUCGACGGUCUAACAGUCCCAGCAGGCACCGAUCUUGCCAUCUACCCCUAUCAGCUCCAUCACAACCCUGACGUCUGGAGCGAUGACCAUAUGACAUUCAGACCAAGUCGUUUCGACCGCCAGAACGUCGAAGGCCGAGAUCCGUUCGCUUUCAUUCCCUUCUCCGCAGGUGCUCGAAACUGCAUCGCGCAACAGUUCGCACUACAGGAGAUACAGGUAGCAGCGAUUCGGAUUUACGACAAGUUCGGCUUUACUUUGGUCCGUGACUCCACACCAGUCUUUCGGAUUGUUAGCGUACCAGAAGAUGAAAUACUGCUAGGUAUCAAUCCUCGGAGAGAAACAUAAUUUGGUAUACUUCCUUCGAUUAAUUAUUACUGU